CGAGAUGGAGGAGGGGAGGAGAAAGAAAGAAUGGACAAAAGUUGAGUGGAGGAAUGUGAGUUCGUCUGAAGAGGGAAUAAGGCGUCCUGAUGGGAGAGAGUUUUGGAGGCAAAAGGAAAUUCUGACAAAAAUACGCGUCGUGAUUCCAAAAAUAACAACUCUGGUUGGAAAACUCUAGAGUGCUCUUUGGUUUCGGCUUCACGCGCUUCAAUAGCUUACUUCACGUACAGGAUUACUAAAAACAUUUUGAACUUUAAAAAAGAAGAAAGAACGAAUUAGCUGCUUUUGGAAACAGAUUUCAACGGAUGACAAUUUUGGGGACAACUUGACAGCUGCAAUUUUGAACCUGAGGAUUCGAGUUUUUCUAUGUAUUUCCUUCUUUACCGUUUUGAAGUUUACUAAGGAAUCCGAGAGAAGCGCUCAUCUGUGGAAAGUUGAAGCGCAAUCUGAGCUCGCGUUAGAGCUGGAGCGAUGCGAUGAUGAUGAUGCGGUCUGAGUCCACCGUCACUGAUUCCCUCACGGCACCGACGCCGAACCGCCGCGGCCCGAAACCAGACAAAAGAAUGACCGGGUCGAACCUUAUCAUUCUGUUACUCGUGACAGUGCUGCGCCUCGGGACCGCGGAGCAUGUGUCAGGUCUACAUUUUGUGGAGAGCCCUGAGAACGUGACUUCUUCUCUUGGGAAGCCAGUGGUGCUUCGGUGUACCUUGCGAGCGGACGGGGUGGACCAGGAGCCCCUGGAUGUGAUCUGGCUGAGGGAGGGACAACCACUGGACUUAGCUGACACCAACCAGAUGCAGUUCCCCGUAGAUGAAAACAGCUGGCUGGUUUACAGUGAUCUCAAGAUAGAGGAGGUACAGCUCUCAGAUAUGGGCGGCUAUCAGUGUGCGGUUUACUCCGGUUUAGAGGAGACAUUUUCCAUUGAGGGGCACAUCCAAGUAGAAGGUCUCCCUCAUUUCUCAGUGGAGCCGCACCAUUUGUCAGUAGUGGCUAAUGUAGGGCUGAGUCUGCGCUGCGAGGCUCAUGGUCCUCCUGAACCUGUACGGGUCAUCUGGCUACAGGACGGGGCUCCUCUCAAUAAACUGGAUGACCCGAUAUCCCUGUCGCCCUCAACACUCAACAUCUCAGGUUUGAAUAAAACCAGCUCUUUCUCCUGUGAGGCACAUAAUCGCAAAGGUGUGGCGUCAUCUGGCACGGGUGUUGUGACGGUCCUUCCUUCCCCACCCCAUGACAUUAAAGCUGAAGAGAUCACUAAUUCAAGUGUCCGUCUGUCUUGGCACAUGGGCUUUGGAGGAAUCUAUCCCAUCAGCCUCUGCAUUGUUCAGGUUAAAGCUUCUGGUGAAGACUCCGAUCAGCUGAUCUACAAUCAGGAGGUCAGCGCACUAGACACCAGCCGUCUGGUAUCGGAUCUGGAAGCCUUCAGCCAAUAUGAUUUCAGAAUGGCCUGCCAGAGCAGUCAGGGUAUCUCUAACUGGACGGCGUGGGUCACCGUCAGCACCAGCGAAGGAGUUCCGGAUUCGGCCCCAGACAAUGUGACGGUUGUGGUGAACGGAACAGAAGUGUUCCUGAGAUGGUCGGAGCCUUCUGGAAAGAUUAACGGCCAACUACAGGGAUACAUGAUGGAGUACAGCGCACCGAAUAUGGAACAGCAGGUUAUGGUGGACACGGGUUUGGACACAGAGCUGCUGGUCAAUCUCUCAGCUCCCCUAUCCAAUGUUUCCUUCAGAGUGUGUGCGUACACCGGAGCAGGACAGGGACCCUGGACGCCCCUCCAAACCAUCACGCUCGUUCAUGCAGAAACCGGGCAAUCCAGAGGUCUCUCGAGUCCUCCAGCGUUCUCCUGGCACUGGUGGUACGUGGUGAUGGCCAUCGCCGUCGCUGUCGCUCUUGCUGUGCUCUUGGCUGUGUACGUGACCAGGCUGAGGCGGAAGGAGACGCGCUUCGGUGAGGCAUUCGAACCCAUGAUGGAGAGCGGUGAACUCGUCGUUCGAUACCGAGCUCGUCGCACGUACAGCCGACGCACGACAGAAGCCACACUAAACUCUCUGGGGAUCAGCGAUGAGCUCAAACAAAAGUUACAGGACGUGAUGGUGGACAGACAUAAGCUAACGCUGGGAAAAACACUCGGGGAAGGUGAGUUCGGCUCUGUUAUGGAGGGUUUACUCACUCAGGAGGACUCUGUGCUCAAAGUGGCAGUGAAGACCAUGAAAAUUGCUAUCUGCACUCGCACCGAGAUGGAAGAUUUCCUGAGAGAAGCAGCGUGCAUGAAGGAGUUCGAUCAUCAGAAUGUCAUGCGGCUUCUAGGUGUGUGUCUGCAGACAGUGGAGAGUGAAGGCUAUCCGUCUCCUGUUGUCAUUCUUCCCUACAUGAAGCACGGAGACCUGCACAGCUACCUGCUCUACUCCAGACUCGGCGACACACCGGUGUUUCUGCCCUCUCAAAUGCUGGUGAAGUUCAUGACAGAUAUCGCCAGAGGAAUGGAGUACCUGAGUGGCAAAAAUUUCAUUCAUAGAGACCUGGCAGCUCGAAACUGCAUGUUAAAUGAGAACAUGAAUGUGUGUGUGGCUGACUUUGGCUUGUCUAAGAAGAUCUAUAAUGGGGACUACUACAGGCAAGGGCGCAUCUCUAAGAUGCCUGUCAAGUGGAUCGCCAUUGAGAGUCUGGCAGACAGAGUCUACACCACUAAGAGUGACGUGUGGUCAUUUGGAGUGACAAUGUGGGAGAUUGCGACUCGAGGUCAGACACCGUACCCUGGUGUGGAAAACAGUGAAAUCUAUGAUUAUCUGAGGCAGGGCAACCGUCUGAAACAACCUCCAGACUGCCUGGACAGCAUCUAUUCCCUGAUGUUUUCCUGUUGGCUGUUGAGCCCGAAGGACAGGCCGAGCUUCGAGAUCUUGCGCUGCGAGCUGGAAAAGGUCCUGGAAGAUCUUCCGAGCCAAGACCCGGAGGAGAUACUCUAUGUCAAUAUGGAGGAGACCUCUGGAGAGCUGGGGGCCGUGGGGGGCCGUGACCCCAUAAUGGGCGUCCCCUGUGUUUUCGGGGCCCUGAAGGGUUCGGGCUCUGUGGCCACCGUAGAAGUCCACCACCCCAGCCGGUAUGUGAUCUGCCCCCAACAUGAGAACCAGCGCCUGCUCAACGCAGACUCUAUGGAGAGUCUGAACCUCACGGGCUCCGCACCCACCCCGCUACUGCAGCCCUCGUCCUGUUCCACUCCAGUGCCGCCCUCUGAGAGUCAGUCCUCAGAGGAAAGAGACGAAAAGAUGAAAGUGCCCUGGCAGGGAUGAUGCUGUCGUGACUGAGAGCAUCCCAGACUGCUGAGCUAUUGCUCCUACCCCAUCACUUUGCACAGACACUCCACACACUCCACAUGCCAGACAUUCAGCGUUUAAAGACUUUUUUUAAUGCUCUUCAGGCAAUUUUUUUUUUCUCUGCGUUCCAGAUUGUCCUUUCUGUUCAGUGUAGGUUAUAACAAGUCAUAUUUUUCUGUCUUAAGGUCUGUUCACACCAAGAACUAUAAAGAUAACUAGAACAAUAACUAUAUUUGUGUCCACAACAACAAACGAUAACCAGUAGCGUUUUUUAACCCACCAAAGUAUGCAAUUGCAUGGGGCCCUGUGAGCAAGGGAUGCCCCUGUGAUUUCUCCACACCAGAAUGCGAUUCGGGGGGCCCCCUCCUGGACCCCAAUAAUGUAAACCCACCCUGACGAUAACAGUCUUUUUAUUCUAAGCUCGUGCACUGUGGUUUCAAAGUAGUGAAAAUGGAUGUACAUGACCUGCUGCUUUACAUUACACAAAAACAUCAAAGGAAAAACAGACGCUUUUGGGUACACAAGAUCCUUAAAAGACUAGAGGAGUGGGGAGAAUCCGCCACUCUGAUUAGAGUUGUCUUUGAAGACAAAUUUUAUUCAUAUUUAUGCUGCAUUUCACGGCUUUUACGAGAAGAUGCCCUCAGCAUGCUAUGUUUUGAGCGCAUCUAAACAGUGAUCUUAGCUAGUGUAAUCAAUCUAAUCUAACAGUGAAUUUAGUAUAGUUACUAUAGUGGAAUAAAAAUGCCUAGUCUUUUUCACUGCAACUUCAAAGAAAGCAAAACAAAGUAGUUAGCUGUGUUGUGAACUACAUCUUUAUCGCUAUCUUUAUAGUUAUCAUCCUUGGUGUGAACGGGCCUUUAUGCUGUGUCGUAACCAGAAAGUAUGUUGAUGAAGUGACAAACGACGAGUAAUAAUGGCAGAUUUGUUUUGCUUACUGUUGCUCAUACUUAGGGUUAACAAUUUGAACACCCCCCCCCCCAGACUUGUGUAUUAAACUUCAGUGUUACGGCUUGUUGAGAUGUAUGCUGUUACUUUUCAAAGAGACUCAACUUUGAAGACUAACAUAGCGUUGCAUUGAAAAAGGGACCCCAGCAAUAUCUGUAGAUUGAGGCUCGUUAACCACGUAGCACCCUAGUAAACGCAUGGCAAUUACUCCAUUUGCUAUGGUAGGCCAACGGCAGCACAACAGAAACAAAACAUCAGCAUGCUUUUAUCACAUGACACCUGGUUAGGACAUGGUGUUGGACUCAAAACAAGUUCAGAUAAUCAGCACCCCUACUGCCGCCUUAUGGGACUGAUAUCAGUCAGCUGGAAUCUGACCAGUUUAAGCCCUUUUCUGUAAGGUCUAGGCUCAUGAUAUAGUUAGCAUACUGCUGAUAUUGAUCACAACAACUCAGGUGGUGCUUGGAUUUACAAUGACCAAUGACACAAAGCUCAGAUUCAGCAAAUGCCGUGAACUAGCUUGACACUGCCACUCUGUAGAAUGGGACGGAACUGGUCAGAGACCGAAUCCGUGUCUGUCCUCUGAGACAUUUGACAAACUCUCUCGAGUCUCCUGAACAGCAUCUUUUUCCAAAGAAACACAUGGAGGAUGACGAUUACAUUCCAUGUUUGGUCUAACAUGUCAAACCAAAUCCUCAGUGAUUACGUGCGAGACCUAGAGACACACUUGAGCUAAUCUCCAGGUGUACGUGUACAUUUUUAUAACUGUGUUUCGAAGGUUUUCUGAAUCAACAGGGUUGUUUUUUUACACAUUGAUUUGAGACCAAUUUUGUGGUUUCUUUCGAGAUUCGCAGGUUUAGAGGAGUAGACUAGAGCUUCUCAGAGGCCCUGCCCCAGACUCAAGCACAGUAUUUUUUCUUGUUUCUUAAUGUUUUUUUUGUAAAUUUGAUAUUUUGCACUAAUCAAUUUUUUGUCAGUGUAUUGUUUGUGUUUCUUUGUUUAUGCUUUUUUUGUUUGUUUUAUCUUAUAUGGACAUUUAGACAAUGUAUGAUAGAAAUACAUUUACCAUAAUAUUAUCAUAUUAUGAUAAUGUUUUUAAAAAAAGAGUUUUCAAAUGAGGUCAAAUAUAGAUGACGUUUUAGCUGAUUUUUUUUUUUUUUUUUUUUUUUAAUUAACAUGCUAAAAAUGAUCAUUUGUUAAAGUCAUUUCUUCCACACAGCCUUUAAUCAGUUUACACCAUAGAACCAAUGAUUGAAAAAAGAUGAAUGGUCAUUUUUUCACUGAUGUAAUGUGGUACUUGUAAGAUUGACCGAGGUACUUUAAGAUAUGACAGAUGUAACUGCAUAUGAUAAUUCACUGAGCCACAAUGCUAUAGACACAUACAGCAUUGGAUGACAAAUGAUGUCCGUGUGUGCCGGUGCUCAGCUGGAAUCAUCUAUGAUAAACACAUUUACUGUCUACACCUUUUAGUGUAUGAAAUAUCGAAGGCCAACAUUAACUUAACAGCACAAAAGCCCCUACAAAAUGUUUUCAGUCACCUUGUGUGUAUUUGCAUGCUCACAUUUUCAGCACAAUUUCUAAUAACUUUUGUCUUUCGUGAUGUGUAAAUGGAUUUGAAGUGUCUCUAACCUCAGCUGAAGAGGACAAACUGAGCUGCACCACUUUUGCAUGUGAUAUUUCAGCCUGCAUCUUAUUCACCAACUAUCCUCAAUCUGGCAACAGGGCCAAUCAGCUCUGAAACAAUGCUGUGCUAUGAGUAUUUCAAUUUAAAUUCAUUGUCAUUUGUUGUUCACACAGACAGUCCUUUUCCUAUGUGAAUUAGGCUCAUUAUUGAUUGUGCUUUAUUUACACAUACUCUGUCCUAUUUGCCCGGCGUAGUUAACAGUGCACUAUUACCAUCCACAAAAACUUAAUUUUAUUUAACAUUACAUUUAAUAUUCUGUCAGUAAAUCAGCCAAUGAUGAUCAAAUGGUGGAGUAGAGUUAUAAUUUUUUAUGAUUUUUAUGUACCGAAAAGUGCUGUGACAGAAGUACAAAUAUUGUUUUUAUCAACAUGAAUUCAUAGACAGAAUCAUGCACUUCAAAGUGCCUUUGAACGCCAGUAUUUUGCCAGUAUGAUGGCUGUUUAUGGUGCACAAACAUUUAGCUUUAGGUUUAUAUGUCUAAUGUUGUCUAGAUAACAUCAAUGUCAUUAUUGUGAUUUUGAUACGCUUUGUAUUAAAAAAUAAAUACUGCCUGCACAGUU